AUGAGCUCGCAAUCUUUGAAGCCGCGCCGUUCAUCCACUGCCCUCGACCCGUACGCUGCACCGCACAUCUACUACGGCGACCACACCGCGCGGAACCAUGCCAGAGCCAGGACCUACUCUGCUAACGUAGAAGCAACCGGCCGCAACGCUUCCCACGCCGACGGCAACUUUCCAGGUCGGCGAAUUUCUCACGAUGAAGUUUCCCUGCAGCCGCGCCGCUUCCUCAUCCAGGUCGAGCCCACGCUCAGGACACUCCUCUCGCGCGAGGACACGGACGAGAACUACCAGAUAACAAUUGAGGACAAGGGCCCCAAGGUGCUCUCCCUUGGGACGCUCGCCUCCAAUGCCCACAACAAAUUCGACGUGCGGGGCACCUACAUGCUCUCGAACCUCCUGCAGGAGCUCACGCUCGCCCAAGACUACGGCCGCAAGACCAUUGUCCUCGACGAAGCCCGCCUGAACGAGAACCCCGUGAACCGCCUCUCCAGGCUGAUUACAUACUCCUUCUGGGAUGGGUUGACGCGCCGCAUUGACGGCUCCAACAUCGAGAAGGUCGGCCGCGAUCCAAAGGACUGGACCGACGACCCGCGUCCGCGCAUAUACGUGCCCCAAGGCGCACCCGAGCAGUACGAAUACUACACUCGCGUCGCGAAAGACCACCCCGAGAUGCGUCUGGACGUCCAAUGGCUUGCGGAAAACUGCGGAGACGAGGCUUACGUGCGGGACCUCAACAAGGCGCCUGGCCUGCUUGCUAUUGCCAUGGAGGAAUAUUUCGACCCUGUAACUGGCAAGAAGGACCUGAGGGGUCUUCCCUUUGUUGUCCCUGGUGGACGAUUCAACGAGCUCUAUGGUUGGGACAGCUACAUGGAGUCCCUCGGGCUGAUGAUCAACGACCGCGUGGACCUCGUCAAAGCCAUGGUCACCCAUUUUUGCUUCUGUAUUAAGCACUAUGGCAAAAUUCUUAACGCUAACCGUACAUACUACCUCUGCCGCUCGCAGCCCCCCUUCCUCACGGACAUGGCUCUGCGCGUCUACGAACGCAUCAAGUAUGAACCUGGAGCCCAAGAAUUCCUCCGCGAGGCCAUCCUCGCUGCUAUCAAGGAGUAUUACACGGUGUGGACGGCCCCGCCCCGCCUGGAUCCUGUGACAGGCCUUUCUCGCUAUCGUCCUGGCGGCCUCGGCGUUCCACCCGAGACCGAAGCUUCCCAUUUCGAGCACAUCCUGAUGCCGUACGCGAACAAGCAUGGCAUGACCUUCGAAGAGUUUGUGGAAGCAUACAACUACCGGAAGGUCUCUGAACCGGAGCUUGACGAGUACUUCCUUCACGACCGAGCAGUGCGCGAGUCGGGCCACGAUACCUCGUACCGCCUCGAGAAGGUCGCUGCCAAUCUCGCUGUUGUCGACGUGAAUGCGCUCCUGUACAAGUACGAAGUCGAUAUCGGCCGUUGCAUCCGUAAUCACUUUGGUGACCACCUGGAAAUGCCUGCCGAAUUCUGUGGAGCCGGCAUGAAGCCUGGCCAGGUUGAGACGUCCGCAGCCUGGGAACGCCGCGCGCGGAAGCGCCGUAUGGCCGUCGACAAGUACCUCUGGGACGAGGAAGCCGGCAUGUACUUCGACUACGACACCGUCAAUCAGGAGCGCACCGGCUACGAGAGCGCAACAACCUUCUGGCCCAUGUGGUCCGGCCUAGCCACACCCCGGCAAGCGAACGUGCUAGUGCAGCAAGCGCUCCCCAAGUUUGAAUGCUUCGGAGGUCUCGUGUCGGGUACCGAGAAGUCUCGCGGUGCAGUUGGUAUCGACCGUCCCAACCGCCAGUGGGAUUAUCCGUUCGGGUGGGCCCCGCAGCAGAUUCUCGCCUGGGUCGGUCUCCAGCGAUACGGAUACGACGCAGAGGCCCAGCGCUUGUCGUACAGGUGGCUCUACAUGGUCACCAAGGCCUUCGUCGACUUCAAUGGCGUUGUUGUCGAGAAGUACGAUGUCACCCGUCCCAUUGAUCCUCACAAGGUCGAGGCGGAGUAUGGAAACCAAGGAAGCGACUUCAAGGGCGUUCCUCGCGAAGGGUUCGGCUGGGUCAACGCCAGCUACAUAUACGGUCUUACGCUCCUUAGUGCCCACAUGCGACGUGCUCUGGGAGCGCUCACCAAGUGGGACACGUUCGAGCAGGCCAUGACGGAUUUGGGAAUGUUUUAA